CUACGGCGGCACAUUAGCUCUCGAGUCUCACCUGCAAGUGGACGUUAGUAAUGGCCAAUCGUAACGAAGUUUUAUUGCUUUUAUUGGCGCUUGAAGAAGAUGAAAGAAAAAGAAAAAGAGAAUUGUGGGUCCAUGAAAUUAAUAAAGAACGGAAGCAAUAUGGGGAAUUCUGGACAUUAUAUCCUGUACUAAGAAAGGACGAAAAAAGAUUUUAUAUAUAUUUCAGAAUGUGUACAAAAUGUUUUGAUUACAUUUUAGAACUUAUAAAAGAAGAUAUACAGAAACAACAUACGAACUGGAGAGAACCAAUAGGACCAGAAGAACGAUUAGUUGUUACUCUAAGAUAUCUGGCAACCGGAGACACUUUUGGCACCAUUGGUCAUAGCUUUCGCAUCGGAUUUUCUACCGUUAGUGUAAUUAUUGAAGAAGUUUGCCAAAGUAUAUGGAAACAUUUGCAACCCAUUUAUAUGCGUGAACCAACUCAAGAAGAUUGGGAAGUUUCUGUGUCUGGAUUUAAUGAAAAAUGGCGAUUUCCAAAUUGCUGUGGAAGUAUUGAUGGAAAACAUGUUACUGUAAAAUGUCCAGAUAAAACUGGGUCCAAUUACUUUUCCUACCUAAAAAAAUUUUCGUUUGUUUUAUUGGCAAUUGUUGGCCCGUAUUACAAAUUUCUUUGUAUUGAUGUAGGUGGUUAUGGAAAAAAUAGUGAUGGAGGUAUUUUUGAAGAGUCAAUGAUGGGAAGAAAACUAGCUAAUGGUACAUUUAAUAUACCCAAUAGUAGACCACUACCAGGCCAAAAUGAAAGCACGACGUGUGUUCUUAUUGGAGAUCAGGCAUUUGCAUUGAGUUCUUAUAUGAUGAGACCAUACCCUGAAGCACAGGCACGGUAUGACCAAAGAAAAGAAAAAUUUAACACCAAUCUAGGACGUGCUAGGAGAGUGGUUGAAAAUGCCUUUGGUAUUUUAAGCGCCAAAUGGUAUAUUUUCCACAGACCGAUGGAAACGAAAGUAUCUACGUCAAUACUAGUAGUAAAGGCAGCAUGUGUAUUACACAACUUUUUAAUAGAAAGAAACCCCGAACAUAUUAAUUACCCCGUUGAAGAACAGCGUGAACAUGGAUUCGAAGAUUUUUUGCCAAACGGUAGAAGAUCCUCAAACUAUGCAUUUUUAAUUCGCGAACGCUUUGCUGAUUAUUUUUUUAUAACACUCCUUAAGCAGCGUAAGAACUACUAAUUCAUAGAUCUAAUAAAAAUUUUUGCUUACCAUCA